CGAGACAACCACCUGCACAAUGAGGAACUCUGCCUUGGCGACGGUUUUGCUUCUCCACAGCCUCGGUUGGAUCUCCGUCUUGGCGGCUGAGUUCCGGUACGUGGAGGCUCAACCCGGCGAGAACGUCACCCUGCUGUGCUCCAACUUUUCCAACGUUCCGACACACAUAAUCUGGCACAGAGCGGUCAAAAGAUCCAAGUUCAGCUGCGUCUCCUCGAUGUUCAAGGCGUCUGAGCCCGAUAGACUCUGUGAGGGAGUCCAGCGUGGAAAGUUUGAGAUGACUUCCAACAUGUCGACAGUGUUUCUCAGCAUCAAACACGUGGAUUUAUCCGACUCUGGGCUGUAUUUCUGUGGAUAUAUGUUGAGUAAAAAUCCAGUUGUUGUCGAUGCAACAAAUUUAGAGGUCCAAGAUGUGCUUGAAGGAUUAACAAAGCUGAUGAGUGUGAUUCUGGGAGCUCUGACUGUUUUCCUCGCCACAGUCACCGUUUGCCUGGCUGUUAAAAUCAAAAAACUUCUGAAAGCUCACGCCGAAGAGCAGGAACCACGACAGAUGGAGAGGAAGGAGUCAGACGACCUGAACUACGCAUCCGUGACGUUUAUUCCAAAACCGGAAAGACGCCACAAGCCUGCAAAAGAGAGAGAAGCGGAUUGUGAUGUUAUUUAUUCAGCCACCAGGUAGACUCGGCACCUGGAGCUGCACCAUCAGACUGGAAGUGAUCAGCUCGUCGAGUCAUACCGCAAAAAGUCCGACUUUGCUAAAGAAAUUCAUGCAAAACGUGCAAAACUCUUCUUUCGAUUGCUUCUUUUUGUUACUGUUCAUUGUUUUGCAUCAUAAUCUGAGUGAAGAACAUUAAAAUCGGUGUUUGAUGGAGCAGGAUCCACUAAAAACACCGGUCUGGAUACAGUUGAGCUCAGAUUGUUAAAGGUUUCAAGCGAAUGAAACACUCUUACGAAGCAGCACAGGGCCGUUUGAAAACAUGAAAUAAAAAGAUCUAUGAGAGCAAAACGUGAUAAGAAACAGCGAAGAAGCGGUUUAUUGUCGAGCAGAUGAAAAGAUCUGCGCUGUGUCUCUAGCGUGGUGUAGUCUGAUUAUAGUGGUGACAUGUUAACCUCAGAAACUUGUGAAGAUUCUGCACAGCUUCUCACUACAUUUUGCACACUAAAGGCCAUGAUUAUAUGCCCAUUUCUUCCUUUA